GCGAGCGGUCUAACAGAAUGCCGCCGUGGCUGGUAAUAGGUGUUUCAGGUGUAACAUGUGGUGGUAAAACAACUUUGGCACACCGCUUGCGAGACUACUUUCAAAAAUCACGCGGCGGAUCAUUGUGGAAUACCCCCUACGUUGUAGGCGACGUACAGCUUAUAUCACAAGAUGAUUACUUCCUACCAGUUUUCGAUUUGCGACACAAGUGGAAUGAAAAACUGAACGUGAUAAAUUUUGAGCUAUUAAGCUCGCUCGAUAUGAAACAUAUGCUCUCUGACAUAGCAUGGAUAAUGAAAGGACGUAACUUGGCAAGUGAUCCAAUGGAAUACGUUGAUUACAUUAACGAGAUGUCCAUGUCAACGAAUUUCGAGCAUUAUGGGCAACCAGUUACACAACAAAUGUACCAUCCAAACAGCUAUAAAGUCAAUCAAUGUGGCUUAUCAUCGCGACAUCAAAGUCAACAAACACAAAGUCAACACAAUCAAUAUCUACAUCAUCAUUGUCAGCCACUGCAGCAGCAUGCACACAUUCAUGCAAAUGCCAAUGUGGCCCAUUCUUCCCACAUAAUGCGUAUUAACUCACAAUUGGCGCAUAUGCGUGACAACAAAAUCAAUCUACUCAUAAUUGAAGGUUUCACCAUCUUCAAUCAGCCGGAGUUAUUAACAUUAUGUAAUAUUAAGUUCCAUUUUCAUUUGCCAUAUGAAAAAUGUUACGCGCGUCGUCAGAAACGCACUUAUGAUCCACCUGACGUCACUGGAUAUUUUGAAAUAUGCGUAUGGCCACAUUAUGAGAAGAAUUUCAAUGAGAUACGAGAUCGACAGGAUAUUACGUUCCUCAAUGGCGAAUUAAGCAAAGAACGUAUUUUCAAGUUUGUUCUACAAAAAAUAUCCAACUACUUUGAGGAACGCUGCGAUGUGGCCUGUCCGCCACCACAAAAGCUUUUAGGCAUACCGAGUUGUUUGGCAAAUGGUCCCUUGAGUAAUGAGAGUUGUGCUAGCAGUAGUACACGUUUAAUAGCCGGUAUUAGUGGUAACGUGAGAAAAGCCAGCCCUAUGGAACAACAGUGAAUUUAUGGGGGAUUUAUUUUGAAAUUCUCUACUGCGAAAACUUGUUUCAAUUGUAAAGAUUUCCUAACAUAUUAUUUACAUUAAUUUAUUACUAUUUAAAUGCACCGAAAUUUUACAUCUUAAGAAUGUUAUUUAAGAAAUGAGGAUACCAGUUUUUGGUUGUAAUAAAGUUGCAGUCUUUUUAAGUACCGAAAUUGUAAAAACUCAAGUUGUAUACUUUUUGUAUAUAGAUAUAUAUUAAAGAGGAACCAUCGUACCUUGUACUCACUAUGUAAUUAUGCGUACAAAAUAUUAAAUAAUUUCCAUGAAUGUAAAUGAACUAUAAAUGAAUGAAAAUAGUAAUCGUGAAAUAAAAGAUUAUACUAUCAUAUAUAUAAAAAUGAUUUUUGUUAUAAACUCGCAGAACCUCCGAACCACAGCACGGAAAAACGUGAAAAUUUGCAGUUAUUGGUGUAUUUCUGCAGAAGGUUCUAGAGGUUUUUUUUUAUUUAGGCAGAUAUGAUGUUUUGUCGAAAAAUUUUAAAACUAAUAAAACAAAUCCAGACAAAAUUUAGGAUAACACCAUCAGCACGAAGAUGAGCUUCGUGGUAUGGUAUUUGUGAUACAUUGAUAUUUUUUCAAGGAAUUCAAUGCGAGCGGAGCCGCGGGAAAAGCUAGUAAUUGAUGAAGUAAAACUGUUUUUUCCUCUUUUUAUUCAAUAAAGAAAACUAAGCCUUUUUUGCACAGAGUAGUGGAUGAGGAACGGUAAU